AAGUGAAAGGCGCCGGCGCUUAGAGAGAUAGGCGCCACCAAAGCAUUGUAUAUAAACCCUAGUUCAUUAAAGUUUAUCAUCAGUUGAUCUUCAACCUUCAUCAUGCAGACUGUUAUUAUUCUUGCUUCUCUCGUCUCUGCUGCUCUAUGCAUCCCCGCAGGACCCCCCGCCUAUGGACAUGAAGAGAACUACGACACCCCCGCCGCCUACGCUUACCAAUACGGCGUAGCUGACGAUUACAGCGGUGCUAAAUUUGAACAAAAUGAGAAGAGAGACGGAUAUUCUACCUCUGGAUCAUACAGGGUUGCUCUUCCAGACGGUAGAAUUCAGAUUGUUAACUAUCAUACCGCCGAUGCUUACAGCGGUAACAUCGCCGAUGUAACCUAUGAGGGAACUCCCACCUACGGACCUGGACCCGCCAGGCCUGUUCACGCCGCUGGACCCGCCCAUCUUGGAUAAGAUAUAUAAUGAUUGAUUAUUUAUUCUAAAUUAUUAUAAUAAAUGAUAAAUUCAAAU